CUGAAAACAUAGUUUAUGUAUGAGUUAUUAUAACAAGAUAUAUUCUGCGGGAUUUGGUAUUUAAGUAAAUUGUGAGACUAAGACUGGUUGUAUGAAAUUUCUUACCAGUGUCACAAGCACAACAACAACACGUUUGUAUCUCGUGGCCCAUAUAUAGUAGGCGUACAUCGGUACGUACAUGUAAGUUGGACUGCCUGCUUGGAAGUUGGAGUUUUAGAUAGCAAUGGAUAUUCACAGAAUUUAGGAAGAGUACUGGCUGUAAACAGAAGGCCUUAACAUAGAUCAAGGAUCGCACUGCCAACAACAUCAUGGGAUGUGCAUCAUCAACAGCUGCUGUUUCCCCAGCUCCUGUUAAUAAUAAUCCACCGAAGAAUGGGGGAAACAAUAACCAUACCAUUAAACAAUGUUCUCCACUGAAAGAGUCUAAGGUUACACCAAUCGAAUCCAAGAAUACCUCAUCACUGCCUGGCCAAACCAGAUUUGACCCAGGUCCAAAAGGUGGUAUAGCAUUUGAUGUAUCUUUAGAUGGAAACAAAGUCAACAGUCUAAUAUUAAAGCAUCCUCCAAAGAAAUUACAGAGACUGGAGCCUUUGAACCACCCAAAGCUGUCAGCUGACAUGUUACUGGAGAAACAGAAAAUAGCAGAAGAAAAACGACAGCAUGAGCUGCAGAAAAAACGUGAAGUCUCACAGAAAGGUUCUCGAAGGAGGAGGGACUUGUUGAGAGCUAGAGAAUUUGAACGAGAACAGACUAGUCAGCAAAUUGAAGACAGUUUGAAAACAGCUGAUGAGAUGAGAGCAGCGAAGCAAAAGGAGAUCAUUGAAAAGCAGAAAAAACGUGAAGAACGAGCAAAGCGAGUGAGACAAAGAGCAAAGCAGAUGAAUGAAGCAGCUGAGUGUGAUAUCCCCGAGUUAGAGAAGGAUGAGACAUUCAAUGCAGAGGACGAUGAGGACUGGAAUGAUGAUUCCAACUAUGACCAUGGCUACUAUUCAGGGGAGAAAACCCAUUUAAGUGGGAGGAGCCCAACCAAGAGAGUCAAUGUUAACUCUGACAAAAGACUGCGCAACAUCACCAGUGCCAGCACUGUAGACAGCGUGGAUAAUGCUUUUCUCAAUCAUCCCCGCUUGGACUCAAGGCAGGCAGUUGUGGAGGACGAUUUCUUUGAUACGUGACCGUCUCUUCAACAGAUAUAUUUGUAGGUAGAUGUUUCCGGUUUCCGCCUUCAGCAAGUGCCUUAGUCAUGGGAACCCAAGCCAGUUACAGUCAGCUGCAUGUACAUAAUAUAUUUCCCUGGAAACGCACAUCGUGACACAGAGGAAUGGCUGGAAUCUGCAGUUAUCCAGCUUCUGAAUUCACACUGACAGUGAACAAGUUCAAGCCCCUUCCCUAAUGAUGUACAGUAGUCAAUCAGAUUAUAAUUCAAGCACACUGUCUUGUGAAUGAGCGAGAUGUUUUUGAAGUUACAAUUUUUCGAUCUUCAAUAAGCAAUC